AUGACUUUCUUCUCGAAUUGCGGACUUUCUCCAGAGCAAUUAAGCACAUAUAACACAUUACAUCAUAAAGAAGAUCACUUUAUUAAUAAUGAUGGAGAACCACAGGCUCCAGAAAUGCGUGGAACUGGCUUUAAAACAACAAUAAAAUUCUUUACAUCCAGAGAUGUUACAACAGCAUUACCUCAUCGUGACCCAACACCUGAUUUCGAACUUGGAAAUGGUAUCCGCGAUUGGUGGAUAGGUCAUGCCACAAAUUUAAUUCAAAUAAAUGACAAAUUUAUGCUGACAGAUCCAAUUUUCGACAAAUACGCAUCUCCUAUACCAGGAACAAUCAAAAGGCAAACACCUCCUGCAUGCGAAAUUGAAAAAUUACCAAAAAUUUCAUUUGUUUUAGUCAGCCAUUGCCAUUGGGACCAUUUGAACAAAUAUUCCAUCAAAAAAUUGGCCCAACUGAAUCCUGAUUGCAAGUUCUUUGCUCCUUUAAACGUAGGAAAGAUGAUGGUCGAUUGGGGCAUCAAAAACGUUACAGAGUUCGAUUGGAGAACACAUUUAGUUGUAGAUGAUAUCGAUUUUACAUGUUUUCCAUCUCAUCACGGAAGCGCUCGCUGGGGAAAUGACCAAAAUCGAACUCUUUGGUGCAGCUGGAUGAUUACAUCAGGAAACUGCAGUAUCUAUUACACAGGAGACACAGCCAUUGGCCCACACUUCAAAGAAAUAAAGGAAACUCUUGGAAGGGGUCCAGAUCUUUUCAUUGUAGGCAUUGGACCACAGAAUCCACCAGAGAUGAUGAGAGCUGUACACAUGGAUGGAAAGGACACACGGGAGAUGGCCAAACUCUUAGAACCAGUGAGAGUUGUUCCAAUGCACUAUGGAACGUUCCCUCUUGGUUUUGAAACUGAAAAAACUGAUUUACAAAUCUUCAUGGACCACGCAGAGCCAGAAAAAGCUAUUGUUAUUGAUAUCGGAGGCCGUGUUGAUUGGAACGGCCAAGUUUUUGUUAAAGGAGCUUGA